CUUUAAAAUAGUAGCUCUUGUAACACGUGUGCGAAAGAGAAGUAAAAAUGGCUUCUGCACUCCGGUCCAUGAAAUUUUCUAGAAUAUUACCCUUAGCUGCAAGGAUUGCAACAAGGUCAAGCCUUCAACGUUCUGUUCGAGUAACACCUGCUAGAAUAUUAGAUGACUCUAUUGGUAGGAACUUCAGCAUUUCAAACCUGCGAUGUUUUUCGGUAGCAACAUCGAGGUUUCAGUCGGUCUUAGAUGCUCAGCAGGACGACGUGGAUUCCACCACAGAGGUUGCACAGCAGCCGAUCAGAUCAGACAAUGAGUUCAGGAUCGUACUGAGGAGACUGGAUGACAUGGUCAGGCGGACAGGGCGUAUCACCAAAGCCCAGCUGCUCCUUGUAUUCGAUGAAAUUUGCAAGCUAGGUGCUGCCAAACCUAACCAGGCCCUGCUACUCAUCAGGAGCUGCGGUUCACUCUUGCCAGAGGUUGCCCUUGUGGAAAGGACAGCACUUGUCUCCAACAUAUGGGAUAAACUCAAGGAGCUGGGAACUACUUUUGAUGUCACUCAUUACAACGCUCUUCUCCGAGUCUAUCUUCAAAAUGAGAACAAGUUCUCCCCAACCGACUUCCUGGCUCAGAUGGAAUCUCAUGGCAUUGAUCCAAACAGGAUUACCUACCAGAGGUUGAUCAGUGCUUACUGCUUACAAGGGGAUAUCCAAGGUGCUACCAAGAUCCUAGAGUUCAUGAAGUCAAAGGACCUCCCCGUCACAGAAGGCAUCUUUAAUUCCCUCAUCACAGGACACGGAAGAGCAGGUGAUCUUGAGAAUGCACAGAACAUAUUGAAUGUAAUGAGGAGCGUUGGACUGGAGCCUAGUUCAGACACCUACACCGCACUCAUGUGUGCUUAUGCUGAGAAGGGAGAAAUGGAGAGCAUCACAAAGCUAUCACAGGAGCUGGAAUCAGACAACGUGAUUCUCUCUGGAAGGUGUUAUCUGAGUGUGGCUUACAGUCUUGCUACUUGUGGACAAAGCCAACAUCUCCAACAGGUCCUGGAGAAGGUGCAACUCAAUGCAGGUUAUAUUCCAGAUGCUAUCAACCUGUCACUGAGCCUGAUGACCAAGGGACAGUCUGAAGCAGCCUUUGAGAUCGUCAAGAUGUUCCAGGGAUUGAGGGUAGAUCAGAACUCUGCAGAGCCACAGAACCAAGGCAACUUCUUCAUCGAUCAUGCAGUCCAAAUACAACUCGCUCAUGAAACGUUGUUUGGACACCUGGAUGAGCUUAUGUCAUCUGGUCUCCACUCAUCGCCUUACAUAAUAGCGCUUCAUUCAUCGCUUCGGAAGGUGAAGGAGAAUAAAGAUUAUCCUUUUGGAAUCAUGAGGAGAAUGAUUGAGCUAGAGAUUCCAGUAAGACCACACUACUUCUGGCCCAUCUUUGCAAGAGAUUAUAAUGCCGGUGACAAAGAAGGCGUCAUGAACACACUGAAGCAGAUGAGGGAUAUGGGUGUUGAGACCAGCAGUGAUACGCUUACCAAGUUUGUCUUUCCAUGUCUUGGAGGGACACUAGCAGACAUCCAGGCAGCCAUCAAUGAGCUUGGGAUACCUGCUGACAAGUCUCUUGUGACCGCCAUGGCGAGGAAUGAAACCAGACAUCAGAGACUGGAUAGCGUGGUUCAGCUCAUCAAUGAAUACAGAGAUCUUGUUGAUGUACCUCUCAUAAAGGCUGGUCUGGUUGUUUGCUUCAGCAAGAACCCUCAAGCAGAAGCAAUGUUUCAGAUCUGUAAACACCUGGUAGAUAGCCAUCAAGUCAUAGAAGACAAUAACAUUACCAAGGAAGACCAACUUGGGAGCUUCCUGUAUGAUAUUGUCUCUAGCAUCCCCAUAAAACAAGCUUCGGUGGUCAAACCUGAUCUGGAUUUGUUAUUUAAAAAACUGGCAAGAGAGGGUCUAUACGUCACUGGGUCAAGGUAUCGAGGGAUUCGGAACCAACUGGAUCGCAUCAAGCUGCCCAUGCUGAAACCUGCUGCUCUCAAACUCCUGGACCCUAGCGAGGUCCAGAAGGAUCGCGUCGCUAACUUUGAUGUUCUAUCCGGAGAGGAGGUAUCCCUAGAGGAGCUGGAGAGCCAUCUAGUGGAGCUGAGAGAGAAAGGAGGCAACCUGAGAGGGAUCCUGAGGAGACUCCUUCUCGUCCAUACUACAAACAAUAACUACGAGCGAGCCAUGGAGCUGAAAAAGGAGUUUGAUGAGGCUCAUUAUGAACCAACAGGAGCUAUCUUUGCCUGCCUCAUCACCAUGUGCAGUAACCAAGGCAGAUUCACUGAAGCCAUGGAAUUCAAGGACAAAUUGCAUAAGUUUGACCCCAGCUUCAAGCUAGACAUCUCCAAGUAUCGCUUCCUGAUCUGCCACCUUGCGAAAGAAAAUCAACUCCCAGCUGCCUUGGACAUGGUGCAGGAGUUGAAGGAGCUCGGUGUGGACACGGACCGCAUGGAGAAGCAGACCUUCCACAUUCUGAACGAGCUAGCAUCCCUGGGACUUAGCGAGGAGGUGGAGCGCAUCUUUGAGACGAUGGUGGAACUUGGUCUGGUGAAGCCUACCAACAACCUCGUGGGACCCGUUGUGGGUGCAUACAUGGCCAAGAACGAUCUGGAAGGAGCACUGGCAUGUAUCCGAGACUGCCAAGCCAAGUACAGCAUCAUGCCUCACUUCCAAGAUGUCCUUGUUCGUCUGGUGGAAGAGGGCCAUACAGACCAGCUUCAGAAGGCAAUGGACUUUGCGAGCCAGCAGCACGGUGAUAUCAACAUGCUAUAUGAUCUCAUCUUUGCUUUCUGCACAUCUGGAAAAUACAAAGAAGCCAUGAAGCUCAUUGAGACCCCAGGUAUGAUCGCUAAGAACAAGCGCAUGCAGUGGUAUGCCGAGCGUUGCAUCGGAGCUAACAAUGUGGAGGCCUUACAGCAACUGACGGCUAUCACCAAAGACCUGUAUGCGUGUGACAGGGACCAGAUGUACUUCUAUCUCAUUCAGUUACACACUCGAAACAACGAUGUUGAUAAGUGUCUGGAGGUGUGGGCUGCUAUGCAAGAAGAGGGUGUGGUCCCCAGAGACAGGACGAUGCGUUACCUUGCCAACGUACUCCGGUCUUACGACAGGUCUAUACCAUUCGAGGUCCCUCAGCUCACCGCUGAUCAGCUUGGCAACGAUGAUCUAAAUUCCACUGAGAAGAUUGAACGUAUCCUGAAAGCAGGAAAUAUUGGAGGAGCUGAGGAGCUUUUGAAAGAAGCUCUUGCUGAAGGGAAGGAGGUUGGUGCCGGUGUCUAUGAUAAGAUCAUCUUUGAGAUGCUGAAGCAGGGCCACAUUGAUGAUGCUCUAGCUUUGAAAGAUCUAGCGGAGAAAUCUUGUGACUUCAAGAUGUCUGUCCUCCUUAACAACAAGCUUCUCAUUGAGUACGUCAAGAAAGGAGACAUUGAAAGUGCAGAGAGGCUGCUUGACCAAACAUUGGAAGCAGACAAAUUACCGAGACCAUCAGGGAUCAGGAUGCUCUCAGAGAGAUACGAGCAGGACGGACUCCUGGACAAACUCCUGACCUUGAAGGAGAAGUACGAGGAGAGGACGCAGUCUCGCUUUCCCAUCGGCAAGUCAGUCUUAGGAGCUUACAUUGUGAAGGGUGAUUUAGGAGGUGCAGUGUCAUACAUAGAGAAGGAGCUUGAGGAGGAUCCCAGCAAGUCUAGACGGAUCGGUAUGAGGUCGUUCUUUGGCAAGCUGCUUCAGAAGGACCAGCCAAUGGAUGAGGCUUUUACAAUGGUAGACAGAUUAGCAGCCAAAGACAUCGAGGGCCCAGUAUGGCAGCUUCUCUACGCUCAUCUGGACAAUGGCAAAACAGAAGGAGCCAAAGAAGUCAUUCAGAGAUACGAUGUGAUCAGAGAGAAGUCAUCUGGUUUGAUAGGCUACGUCAUAGAGAUGGUGGGAUCAGAUGAUGAUGUGGAAGGAAAGAUUGAACAGGUCUUACAGAUCACCAAAGAUGAGGAUUAUCUUGAUAGAGCAAAGAUCUACUUCUACCUACUCAAAUCAUAUGAUAAUGAGAGUAACUACGAGGGUGGGUUGACGGUGAAGCAGAGGAUGGAAGAUGAAGGUCUACACAUGAGUGAUUUCAUGCUCAAGAGACUGGCUUUAUUACUCAAGAAGACUGGUCAACCUGUCCCAUUUGAUGAACCACCAAAUCCCAUCUCAUUCUACCGAGAGAAGCUCAGACUGGAGGACAAAGACAACCUACCCGAGAUCAAGAUCACAGAGGAUGAGAGCUGAUCCCAGUCAAACAACUCUUAUAUGAACAUUGAAAUCCUACCUGGAUACAGAAGAAGAAGAAGAAGAUGAGGAUAAUGGUGAUAAUGGUGAUGAUGGCGAUGGUGAUGAUGAAGCAUGACAGGAGACAGUGUGAAAGGGUCUGAUGGUGGGCACUUGGUCAGCCGUGCGAAAUGGAUAGGAGGACAUGCCAGGGGUAGUUGGGCAGAAAGAUUUAUAAUUUUUUGUUUUCUAUGAUUUUGUAUGGUUUUUUACAUCAAUAGGCCUGUUUUGAGAUUUAUUUAUUGUAUUUUGAUUUGACAGUUGCAGUACUCGGGCUGUUUCCCUUUUCACGGCAAAUCCAUCGUAAUGUAUUCUAAUGCGUUUAAAUUUUCAUGUGGUUGUUAUUCAUGAGCAGUUAUGCUCCAGUCACACCAACGAGACAGACACCGGGCUGAAAACGGACCAAACCAUCUGUUUGGAGCCAGAAGGGCGCUAACUCUUUGUAAAAUGAUAUGAAUUAAUGCCCUUCUGGCUCCAAACAGACAAAACAAAAGGUUAUGUUACCCCCGAAUGGCCAAGAAUUUGUCGGUUAGGAGUCCGUAUGGAGUCGGUUCGGCGAUGCGACUGAGGUACUUGUAUAUUACCCAUAGACAUGGAUAUGCUAUGGUAAGUUAAGGUGUGAAUGGGAUCUAAAUGUGUAUGAUUGAGAGGUUGGUGAUUGUUGUAAUUUGAGAUGCUGAGAAAGACUUAGGAUCUUCCUUUUCAAAUCUCUCUGCCGUAUUGAUAGAGCAUCAUCCCCUUGAUGUGAUCACAUCCUUAGAAAAUAAAUGAACUGUGUUAAAUGCACAUUUUUAACAGAAAUUUAAUUAACUAAUGCGUCAUAUAUUGUCAAAUUAAACAUAUUCAUCAUGAAAAGUAGCAUUUUUAUUGCUUCAAGCAUUAGUUGAUAAUAUGAUUACUGUAAAAGCAGUUGUUUUUUUGCAAGUUAUUUUACCUGCAGACUAUUAAAAAACAACAGAGAACGUACUUAUGGGUGUUUGUAAUUCAUGCUACUAAUGAGUAAUAACAUUUUAAAAUAUGUAUUUUUGUGUAAUAUGGUGGACCAUGCAGAAAAAUAAAUGAAAGGAAGUGAGUUACUGGUUCAAUUUACAAUAGAUUUUUGCAAGAUGUGUAUUUCUCAAUUAUUUUGAUUCACUGAUAACUCAUUUCUUGUAUUCCAUUGAAAUUCAUUUCUGUAACAUUCAAGAUAUUUUGUGACUGAACUACUUUUCUUCUUUACUUGAAGAAUAAACAUAUAAUCUGGAGAUAUGAUUACAGUGGAACCUCAUUAUUACAAACUCUCUGGGACCAAGAAAGGUACCAUGUUAAAUUAAGCCUUGUUAUAUCAUAGCUACUAAUAAUAGAAAACAAAGAAUUGGGACUAUCAACAUUACCAUGUUUUAACAUGAGUUUGUUAUGACAAUGUUCUUUAUUAUGAGGUUCCACUGCAUAACUAUUGGUAUAACUGAACGAUUUAUGAGCCAGUUACCUGGUAGUUACAGACGCUUCAUAUGUACUUUGACCUGUGUUUCAUUGACAAAUGAAUUAAUUGGUGUAGUUAUUGAUCUACGUAAUCAAUGUAUUUUACAAACAUAACGUUCAUGAGAUUAUUCCACAAAAUUGAUAUACACGUGCAAUGUAUAUUUACGAACUGUUAACCUCUCUGUAAGCUUUCGUAUUCUGUCUUACUUUUUGUGCUUCUCCAAAAGUGAAUAUUAUUUAUGUUUUUAAUUCUUAAUGCCCAAUACCCUCUGAAAGUGCAUCUAAAGCAUAUUUUCUCCCCAUUUAUGAAUUAGUAGAAGAAUGUUGCACAAUGGCUGUGCACUGUCCUAAGAAAGUGUUUUGGUGAUAGGUGCCCCCCCCCCCUGAAUUCAUGUUAGUUUUGUAUAUCAUUGAAGUAAAUAUAUGAAUUUGAAAUGUAGUUUGUCAAUGAUACCAUUAUGAGAUAUGAUUAUUGAUAUGCUUUCUUUGUCAGUGCGUGGAUUGUGCAGUCUUUCUGUAUUGCAUCACUUACAUGUAUAGUCAUAUUUUGACAAAUUAAAAUUUAUUAAAGAUGAGACUUUAA